GUGAUCUGAGGAAGGCCGAAACGUUAUCACUAAUAAAGAACCUCAAAAUGAUGGACUCGGAGUGUGCGGCACCUCUCUAACGUACUGACUAACUUUAGGCGGCCAGCACCUCGCAAUCUGGUGUGCGUCUGCAUCUUCUCACAAGUUUGCUCAUUGGGCCACCGCUUGGAUUUUCUUGUGAGACCACCUUAGGAAGCUGGUCAUGUCGAACGCAUUAAUGCAGUAUGUGAUGGAAAGACUGCGCGACAGAGUUCAUCGGGCUCUCCAACAAACACCCCUUGAUCCUGACUUCCUAGAAUUCGUUUGCACACAGGAACUGGUUUUCAUGGACAUUAUUGCCCAGCAUGUUCCAGUGCCUCCAGAGGUCAUGGACAGAUUAAUUGAGCUGUGCAGGGCACUUCAGCAGUUGAGAGUGCACCAAGACGAUCACUUACCAAUGCCAAUUCAUUUUGAAAGAUGUCCUGGGAGUGGGCGACCAAAAAUCGCAAUCAAUAUGGAUUAUGUACAGCAUCUGAUGGAAAACGGACACCCAGUGAUCACAAUUGCCAACUUUCUGGGGGUGUCCCGUGCAACACUGUAUAGAUCCAUGGCUGGCCAUAACCUGCCUGGCAAGCUAGCUCAGUACAGUAGGUGUUCAGAUGCUGAGCUUGAUGAACUGGUGUCUCAGGUAAAACAGUGGUGGCCACACUCAGGCUACAGAACAAUGAGGGGAGCACUUGGAAGACUAGGCCAUCAGGUUCAGUGGGAUCGCAUCAGGGCAGCAAUGCACAGAGUGGACAGCCUUGGGGUUGUGUCAAGGAUGACUCAGCUGGGAUGUGUUGUAAGGCGCACAUACUCUGUUCCAUGCCCCAAGUACCUCUUUCAUAUUGACACAAACCACAAACUGAUACGGUAUAACAUUGUCAUAUUUGGAGGCAUUGAUGGUUUCUCACGCAAGAUAAUGUACUUGAAUGCGGAUGACAACAACAGGUCCGACACAAACCUUGCCUUUUUCAGCCAGGCUGUUCAAGAGUUUGGAUAUCCUCUCAGAGUGCGAGCAGAUCAUGGAGGGGAAAAUGUGGGUGUUGCCCGAUUGAUGUUCACCAUGCGCGGACCAGAGAGUGGGUGCUUUAUUGCAGGAAAAAGUGUUCAUAACCAGAGAAUUGAAAGACUUUGGCGCGAUGUCUGGAUGGGGGCCACCAAUGUGUACUACCACAUUUUUCAAAUGCUGGAGGAAGAGGGCCACCUCGACCUGACAAACACCACCCACUUCUUCUGUCUGCAUUACGUCUUCCUGCCUCGUCUCCAGUUGACCUUGGACCUGUUUCGUGGAGGAUGGGACAACCACCCCUUGAGGACAGAGCAGAACAUGACACCAAACCAGCUAUGGGAGCUUGGUCAAAUGCAGCAUCCAAUUCCCGAUCCAGAGGAGUUAAACAUUCCUGAAAUAGAUUGGGAGCAGAGUGGAGACGUGCCAGAGAACCAUCUUGGAGUAAACGUUCCUCAGUUCGAGAGCCCACUCAGCCCAGAGGAACUCAGUGGACUGCAGGAACACAUUGAUCCGUUGCAGCAAUCAUAGUCCAAUGGUGUGGACAUUUAUUUGGCAACGGUCACAUAUGUCCAAAACUUGGUAGAGAACCAUUAAAGGUAUAGUCAGUGAUUGUGUUAUUGUUUGGAGACUGUUUGUAGCAAAGAUUCUUGAGUGCAGCAAAUCUUUUGUUUGCAUUGCAGCUGCAGCCAGGGGGAGGGGGGGGUUUGGGGGGUUUUCAGAGCCUGUGACGGUUGUCUGUUGAAUAUCAUAGAAAGACUGAAUUUCCUUACAUAGACCCAACAGAAUGAAGAGCUAGUGAGUUGUGUGAGUGAGUUGACUAUACCUGUGUACAAUUUGCUACAAUGGUACAAUAAA